CGCAUCGGCAACGUGGCCUCGGACCUGGGCAUCGUGACCGGCUCGGGUGAGGUGACUUUCAGCCUGGAGUCGGGCUCCGAGUACCUGAAGAUCGACAACCUCACGGGCGAGCUGAGCACCAGCGAGCGGCGCAUCGACCGCGAGAAGCUGCCCCAGUGUCAGAUGAUCUUCGACGAGAACGAGUGCUUCCUGGACUUCGAGGUGUCGGUGAUCGGGCCCUCGCAGAGCUGGGUGGACCUGUUCGAGGGUCGGGUCAUCGUGCUGGACAUCAACGACAACACGCCCACCUUCCCGUCGCCCGUGCUCACGCUCACGGUGGAGGAGAACCGGCCGGUGGGCACGCUGUACCUUCCCCCGCCCCGCUCCUCGCAGGCCAUCCUGAGGGUGCUCAUCACCGACGUGAAUGACAACAGCCCCCGCUUUGAGAAGAGCGUGUACGAGGCUGACCUGGCGGAGAACAGCGCCCCGGGGACCCCCAUCCUGCAGCUGCGCGCCGCCGACUUGGACGUGGGGGUGAACGGGCAGAUCGAGUACGUGUUCGGGGCGGCCACCGAGUCCGUGCGACGGCUACUGCGCCUCGACGAGACGUCGGGCUGGCUCAGUGUCCUGCACCGCAUCGACCGCGAGGAGGUGAACCAGCUGCGCUUCACCGUCAUGGCCCGCGACCGCGGCCAGCCCCCCAAGACCGACAAGGCCACCGUGGUCCUCAACAUCAAGGACGAGAAUGACAACGUGCCAUCCAUUGAGAUCCGCAAGAUCGGGCGCAUCCCACUCAAGGACGGCGUGGCCAACGUGGCCGAGGACGUCCUGGUGGACACCCCCAUCGCUCUGGUGCAGGUAUCCGACCGCGAUCAGGGCGAGAAUGGCGUGGUCACCUGCACGGUGGUGGGCGACGUGCCCUUCCAGCUCAAGCCGGCCAGCGACACGGAGGGCGACCAGAACAAAAAAAAGUACUUCCUGCACACCUCGGCCCCUCUGGACUAUGAGGCCACCCGGGAGUUCAACGUAGUCAUCGUGGCGGUGGACUCCGGCAGCCCCAGCCUCUCCAGCAACAACUCCCUCAUUGUCAAGGUGGGCGACACCAACGACAACCCGCCCGUCUUCGGCCAGUCGGUGGUGGAGGUUUAUUUCCCUGAGAACAACAUUCCCGGAGAGAGGGUGGCCACGGUGCUGGCGACCGACGCCGACAGCGGGAAGAACGCGGAGAUUGCCUACUCGCUGGACUCCGGGGUGAUGGGGAUCUUUGCCAUCGACCCCGAUUCUGGGGACAUCCUUGUUAAUACGGUGCUGGACCGCGAGCAGACUGACAGGUAUGAGUUCAAAGUUAAUGCCAAAGACAAAGGCAUCCCGGUGCUGCAGGGCAGCACCACGGUGAUUGUGCAGGUGGCUGAUAAGAAUGACAAUGACCCUAAGUUCAUGCAGGACGUCUUUACCUUUUACGUGAAAGAAAACUUGCAGCCCAACAGUCCGGUGGGGAUGGUCACCGUGAUGGAUGCUGACAAGGGGCGCAAUGCUGAGAUGAGCCUGUACAUAGAGGAGAACAGUAACAUUUUCUCUAUUGAAAAUGACACGGGGACGAUUUACUCCACCAUGUCUUUUGACCGGGAACAUCAGACCACAUACACUUUCAGAGUCAAGGCUGUGGAUGGGGGAGACCCUCCCAGAUCAGCCACCGCCACCGUCUCUCUCUUCGUCAUGGAUGAAAAUGACAACGCUCCCACGGUUAGCCUUCCCAGAAACGUUUCUUACACUUUACUGCCACCUUCGAGCAAUGUCAGGACAGUGGUGGCGACUGUGUUGGCCACGGACAGUGAUGAUGGCAUCAAUGCAGACCUGAACUACAGCAUUGUGGGAGGGAACCCCUUCAAGCUGUUUGAGAUUGAUCCCACCAGUGGUGUGGUCUCCUUAGUGGGAAAACUCACACAGAAGCAUUAUGGCUUGCACAGGCUGGUGAUUCAAGUGAACGACAGUGGGCAGCCUUCUCAGUCCACCACCGCACUGGUGCAUGUGUUUGUCAAUGAAAGUGUUUCGAAUGCAACUGUGAUCGACUCCCAGAUAGUCAGAAGUUUGCACACCCCACUCACCCAGGAUAUAGCUGGUGACCCAAGUUAUGAAAUUAGCAAGCAGAGACUCAGUAUUGUCAUUGGGGUGGUUGCUGGCAUUAUGACCGUGAUUCUAAUCAUCUUAAUUGUCAUGAUGGCCAGGUACUGCAGGUCCAAAAACAAAAAUGGCUAUGAGGCUGGCAAAAAAGAUCACGAAGACUUUUUCACACCCCAGCAGCAUGACAAAUCUAAAAAGCCUAAAAAGGACAAGAAAAACAAAAAAUCUAAGCAACCUCUCUACAGCAGCAUUGUCACUGUAGAAGCCUCGAAACCAAAUGGACAGAGGUACGAUAGUGUCAACGAGAAGCUGUCAGACAGCCCAAGCAUGGGGCGGUACAGAUCUGUGAAUGGUGGGCCUGGCAGUCCUGACCUGGCUAGGCAUUACAAAUCUAGUUCCCCAUUGCCUACUGUCCAGCUUCACCCACAGUCACCUACUGCAGGGAAAAAACACCAGGCCGUACAAGACCUACCACCAGCCAACACAUUUGUGGGAGCAGGAGAUAACAUUUCAAUUGGAUCAGAUCACUGCUCUGAAUACAGCUGUCAAACCAAUAAAUACAGCAAACAGCCAUUUCGUAGAGUGACGUUUUCUGUUGUGAGUCAGCCUCAGGACCCACAUCAGGGGUCACUGCAGAGUUGCUAUGACAGCGGGCUGGAGGAGUCAGAAACACCAAGCAGUAAGAGCUCAUCAGGGCCAAGACUGGGUGCCCUUCCACUCCCAGAGGACAACUAUGAAAGGACCACGCCGGAUGGCAGUGUUGGUGAGGCAGAGCAUAUGGAAAAUGAUUCAAGGCCUCUUCCAGAUGUAGCUCUAACCGGGAAGUGCACUCGUGAGUGUGAUGAGUAUGGCCACUCAGACUCCUGCUGGAUGCCGGUCCGCACUUCUCCGGAGAGGAAGAAGAGCCAGCCCAAACUCUCCACUUUCAUGCCUGUUGAUGAGCGAGGAAGCCAGGAAAAGCUGGCCAAUGGUGAGGCCGCCAUCAUGGGUGACCGCAACAGAAACCUCCUGAACAAAAAGUUGACCUCAUCCUAUGAGACCUUCAGUGCAGCUAGUUUCAGCAAAAAUGAGGAAGCCAACCCUGAGGAUAUUCCCCUUACAAAAACAGGGGAAUAUAAGCCAUCUCCUGUCAAUACUCUCACUAGAAGAGAAGUUUACCUGUAGGCUAUAAAGGAGCAACAGCAAAGUUCUUUUCCUGUAUGAGAAGGAAAAUAAGGGGCAAAAAAACCUUACAAAACAAAACCGUUCAAUCACAAAGAGGGGGCUACCAAAGAGACAAAGCUUUGCCUGCCACUUCUGCCUCCAGAUCAGGCCUUUAGUGAUCCUGUUAGCCUGAUUACAGUGUACAAUGUAGAAACCAUCCUUGUUACUUGCAUGUCUGACCCCCACACUGAUUCCCAGCACCUACUUUCUCUUCUUCCCACCUACCUCCCUCCAAAAUGAAAAAAAAAAAAAAAAGAAAAAAAGAAAAAAAGAUGGUUGCAAGUUUCUUUCAUGGUAACAAGCCUGAUUAGCAGAACACAACACACUCUCAUUAUCCCUAAGCUGAAGCAUGAUUUUAGUCACUUUGAUUUUGUUCGAGUGUCAUCCGGCUGGUCAAAAAAGCAGGACAGGAAAAAUAUAUUUCAAACCUACCAUCAGAAUAUGGCUGAUCACUAUCAAGGGCAAUCCUCUGAAAAUGAUAGAGUCUCUUGAAAGGUACAGUCCUUACAAAAGGGACUCUUGAAAGAAAAAUACAUCUGGGGAAGAUCACAGCUUUAAAUAUUCUAGCAAAGACUAAGAGCAAAACAAUACUCAGUGGGUGAUUGCGAUCCCAAGUUGGCGUUUGUUAUUUUCAGGUCAAGAGCAUCAGUUUUAGUUACACACAUUCACUGAAUAGUCUCAAUAUACACACAAUCUUGAUCACAUAGAUCAAGAAUACUAAUUAUGACUUAUAAAACUUACAUAUUUUUUCAAAACAGGACCACUGUUAUCACCUAACUUGGACAGUUGUGUCAUUAAAAGGCCAAAGAUCAUAUGGCAGAUCAGGGAAAUCAGGACGUUGAUUUGGUCUGGCUGUGGAAAUCCUUUCAACCACAAAAGCAAUUGAAUCCAUGCACACAGAAAACACUCAAGCACUAGUUUAAUUUAUAUUGUCUCUACACCCAGAAAUACGCUUCUUCUUUUAAAAUGGAUUUUAUCUGUAAGCUCAGAAAAUGGAAACUUAAUGAGAUGUAUUUUUGGCAUUACAGUAAGCAAUUGAUUGAGGUUCAAGCUUAGUUUCAGAUAUUAUCAGGGAAGAUUCCACUUUUAAAAAUCAUAUUUAUGGGUAGUUAGGUAGGGAAGGAAAGAAGCAUUGACAUAUAGUCAAGUCCACUACUAUUAUCUUUGAACUCAGACUAUACUUGCUGGUCUGAUUGUCCACAUUUUAUUUCUGACUUGUUCAGUGCACACUUCCAGAUAAUACAAGUGCAUUCAUUUGAAUUCUGUGCAAUGCAGAAAUAUUUUGAAACUCAACAUGGAAACAAGAUGACACCCUAAUUGACUUUGUCACUAAUGAUUUGAAUAUUAUUUAAUAUAUAUUUUAAACAAAUACAACUGAACAUGAUAGAAAUGAGUUCUGAGCAAUGAUAUGUCUCACUACAUGUACAUCUCAAAGUGAGAAAGCAGAGUUUUCUUUUCCUUUUGUUUUUCAGUGCUAUUAAAAGAAAAAAAGAAUAGGCAGAUUUUGAGCCACUUACUCUCUAACAAAUGACUUAAUACAGUUGAAAAUGGACCUGGGACAUUCAGAUGAAAGUGACAGUCCAUGGACAGAAUGGUGGAUAACAGGGAGGGCGAGCAAAUGUUCUCACCACUAAAUGUUUGUGACCUGGUCAAGGUGGAGCCCUGAUGGCUUCUCUAGCAAUCUGUAGAAACAAAUACAACUUUGGGUAGUUUCAUGCUUUGCAGAAUUUCUUAGACUUUAAGGUGAAGCAGCCUGGAAUAUAGGUUGAUAAUUCACUAUAGGCCAUCAAAAUACUUAUCUUUGAAAACCACUUCUCGGUUUGGUGGGGUACUCGUUUGGGGUCAUUUCCUUAUGCUCUUUCUUAAAUGGAGUUUUCAUUUUGAUGUUAGUUUAUGUAUAAUAGGUAGGAUAAAAAGAUAUGUAAUUGAAACAGAAACAUUGGACUAAAUACCAAUAAUUGGACAUGUUUAUGUUUGAUUAUUGUUUACACUAUGGAAAGAUGCAAUUCUAGUACUUUGUUAAGAAACUGCAUUAAAGCAGUUCUGCCUGUAUAAUGUGUAAGUACCUAUUAAGACAAAAUACUUCUAAAGAUACUUAUGAAAUGUAUACAUAUUUUUUCUUGCACGUUACAAAGGAAAUACUCAAUUGCAUAACACAAAUGUUCAACCAAUUUUUUAAUGCAUAUUUUUUUCCUUUCUUUCAUGAGGCACUUGAAACCACUAGAUAGCUCAUUUCACUCCAUCUUAAAACCCUUCUGUUGUCUAUAAACCUAAUACGGGUCAUAUCGGACCUUGGGAUUCAUUGGAUCCACAUUCCCCAAUGACGUUUGCACCAUAUUCAAGACAGCCAUGCCAUUGUCAUUUAACUUGUGAACCUCUCUUUAGAACUAAAAUGGGUGUGAAAGAAUAAAAUUCAGUGUACUGUAAGUAUCCGCAGUAAUUCUAGUAGAAUUAGCUCUCAUAACAUGUUUAUUAUAUAAUGAGCUGGCAUGACACAGAAAUAUAUUUUGUGUUUGUAUGACUUUUAUUUUGAAUAGGUUAAAUCUGGUGCCACUCCAUAUAUAGAGUGCUUUUGAAAAAAAAAAUCAAUAAAAAGAAACAAAAAAAAAUGAACAAAUGAGUGAAUGCAAAAUAAGCAACUGUGCCUUUUAUACCCUGUUGUUAUGGUAAAAAAAAACGGUUGUUGGGUUUGGACAAUGAGGGGAAAUGGGCUAUUCCCAACUUUUUUGAUCCUGUAUAUUUAUCCAUGUUUAUUUUCUGAAAAUAAUAAAUAUUAUAUUAAAAAUUUGCCUUCUGACAAACUCAGAUAAUGGACCAGUCUUAAAUAUUAUUCAUUCAUAAAACAAAAUUAAGGCAUUAACAUGGACUGCUUAAAUCUCACUGCAAGGUGAAAGCAUUGACUGUAAUAACACGGAGCGAGAUUAUCAGGGUGAAAUCAGUCCAUUUUACAAGGUAAAAUAUUGGUUUUGAAUUUUCAUUCUUUAUUGCUUUUGUUUGUUUGUUUGUUUUUAACUGUCGCUUCAUUUUGGUUGUACAGUAUAUAAACCAUACUUGUUUUCUGUACACAAGAAUCUCAAGUGAACUUUGCAUGCAUUAUACAUUAGAACACAUUUAUAAAUUAAUGAGUAACUAUAAAAAUUUAUGUGUAUUAAAACGUCUAUAGCUUCCGUCUAAAUCUACUGCUCUUUCUGAAUCUCCAGAUAUCAUUUCUGUAUGGUUUCUGACUGGCCUGCUGCCUGAGUUUCAGAAAACAAGGGAGGCAUUAUUUUUAUGGGAGGAGGAACUAAGAUGAUACUGAGGAUGUGUGGCUGAAAGGCUACCCUAGGGAGCUGUCUUAUAGGAAAAUAAAAUAAAACACAGACUAGAAGAAACUGCCAGAAUUAAGCAGUCAUCCUAAAACAGUCAUGAAAAAUCAGAAGACCUAAACUGUUUUAGGUGUAUUGUAUGAGUGACAAAUAAACAAAUGUGUCCUUAGAGAAGAAAGAAAGAAAGAAAAAAAGAUGGAAGAUGAUCAAGGAUACAGUGCCUGUUAGGUGUGACCCAGGCAGGGGUCUAUAUACGUGUCACAUCUGGAGGAAGGCAUCAUUUUGUCAGCUACCUAGGGUUUACUUUCAGACAACUUUUCCUACAUUUUAAAGCACUUGCAUUCAGUGUGGUACGAUCCGUCUGUAAUGUUAUCAUUGACUAUUGUUCUGCUACUUGGAUGUUGAUAGUGAAGCAGAGAACAAUUUAUCAUCGUUUAUUAUGAGUCACUAUGCACGCAACUAUGCUAAACAUGGCGAAAUGUAUUAAACACUCGUCCAACUAUUUAUGAAAUACUUUACAUAAUUUAAUUUGCUUUUGUACAGUUUUAUGUAAAUAAAUUGCUUGUCAUUUUUGUCUCUGCAAAUUAAAAUAUAACAUGGUCAAAUGGUUUCACACUUGUAAGUGUACUUCUCUGUUGACAGGUAAUUUAGUUUUGAUUGGACAGGAAAUGAACGGAUGCGUGUACCAGUUUGAUUUCAGAUGGUUUGAUUUUGCUAAAUUAAGAUAGAGCAAGGAAGAUAAUGUGGCAGUAAUUGUUGAUUUGG